AUGCCUUCAAAAGUGUCAUGCCUCUACGUGUUGACAGUCGUUUGCUGGGCCAGCGCUCUGUGGUACCUAAGUAUAUCCCGUCCCACGUCGUCCUACGUGAGCCAACUGUCCGUCCCGGCGCGUAAAAUGGCGAAAGCGCUCAAGAGCAACGCCACCACAACCUUCAGCAACAUCCGCACGCGUCCACUGAACCCCCACGCCUUCGAUUUCAUCAUCAAUGAGCCCAAGAAAUGCGAAACCAACGUGCCCUUCCUCGUCAUCCUCAUCACGACCACGCACAAAGAGUUUGACGCCCGCCAAGCCAUCAGGGAAACGUGGGGCGACGAAAGCACCUUCAGCGACCUUCGCAUCAUUACGCUGUUUCUUCUCGGACGCAGUACAGACGCGGUGCUCAACCAGAUGGUGGAGCAAGAGAGCGAGAUCUUUCACGACAUCGUAGUCGAGGACUUCAUCGACUCGUACCACAAUCUUACUCUCAAAACGCUGAUGGGAAUGCGCUGGGUGGCCACUUUCUGCAACCAA